AUGACUGCAAUAGCAUCAUUAUCAUCGCCAUUAGAUGGCCGAAACAGAAACGGUGAGGCGAGCGAAGCCGUGGUAGAAUCGGCGCCAGCGUCCGCGACGAACAACGCAGACAACAUCAAGCAGUUCGGCGUCGCCUCCUCGGAGCUGCACGGCUUCAAGCUGUACAUGGUUCUUAUUGGCGUCUGCUUCGGCGCCUUUGUCAUGGCUCUCGAUGUCUAUGUCAUCGGAACGGUUCCCUACACCUUGGCGGUCUGCUCGCUCACCCCCUUGGCGGGCAAAAUGGCCAGUGUGUUCUCGCUCCGCUGGGUCUAUCAAGGCUUUUUCUUCGUCUUCCUUGUCGGUAGUGCCAUUUGCGGCUGGGCAUCUACAAGCGAAGUCUUCAUCGUCGGCCGUGCCGUCUCAGGCAUCGGCGCAGCUGCGGUCACCAGCGGAGGGCUCACCGUCGUCUUGACCAUAUCAUCACCCCAGCGUAGGCCGUUAUACAUCGGCCUGUGCAGCAGCUGCUUUGCUCUGGGUCUGAUUCUCGCCCCCAUCAUCGGCGGCGCCUUCACCGAGAAGGUCACCUGGCGCUGGUGUUUCUGGAUCAAUCUACCCGGUGGGGCCGUCAUCCUGCUCGCCAUGUUCUUCUUCUUCAAGUUGCCGCAACGAGAAGGUAAGCCAACCACCACCAUGAAGAAAAUCUUGAAUCUGGAUCUCGUUGGGUCGUUCAUUUUCGUCCCGGGUAUAUUCAUGUUGAUCCUCGCCCUACAGUGGGGCGGGAAAUCGUAUCCUUGGAAGUCGGCAACGAUUAUUGGCCUUUUGGUUGGAUCAAUCGUCAUGCUGUGUCUCUUCGGCAUCUGGGAAUCGCGCUUGGGAGACUCGGCCAUGAUCCCUGGUGUGCUGGUCACAAGACGCACCGUCCUGCUCAGUGUCAUCUUCUCCUUCUGCCAUCUUGGUGCUCUAUCCGUCUCGUCUUACUACCUCCCGGAGUGGUUCCAGGCAGUCCAGGGCGCUAGUCCCUUUGAGAGCGGCAUAAGGGUGCUGCCGUCCGUCAUAUCACAAAUACUAGGAACGAUUUGCGCAGCCCUCAAAAUCCGUUUUUACAACCCUUGGUUCUUUGUCGGGCCCGUCUUGAUGUGCACCGCAGCUGCUCUAUACACCCAGUUCACCGUCUCCAAUACCCCAUCGAGCCAAUGGAUCGGAUUCCAGGUCAUUCAGGGCCUGGGCGUCGGCUUCUCCAUGCAGAUGCCAUCUCUAAUGGUCCAACUAGCGCUCAAGGACCGCGCCGACCUCCUGCCCAUCGGCGUCUCUCUCAACAUCUUUGCCCAGUUCCUUGGGGCUACCGUCACGCAGGUCAUUGCCGGUGCCAUCUUCCACGCGCGUCUGGAGAGCCAGCUCGCCUCGCGAGCUGCGCUGAGUCACGACCAGAUACAACUACUUUACCGAAGCGGUAUCGCAAACGUACGAGCCAUUGUGGACAAAUACUUUCCCUCGCUUUUUGACCCCAUUAUGGAGUCGUACAACUCUGCCAUUGCUCAGACACACGUGAGGCCCCUAUCUCUAACACCCGACUUCGCGUUUCCAGCCUUCGGGAUCAAGUGGAUUAGAAUAGAAGGCUCGGCUAUCAAGUUGGGCAACCAGGAUAAUGUGGAAGCGGCAAACCCGACCAGGGAAGAGAAACCAUCAGAAGCUACGGGGCAUUGA